AUGGAGGGGGCACAGGCCUGGGCAGUGCCAACAGGCUGUGAGAGGGGCCAACAGGCUGUGAGAGGAGCCAACCAGGGGAAGGCGCCAAGCUGCCACAGAGGAGCCCUGUGGAGGGCACAGUCAGGGCCCUUUCACUUUGAUCAUGGGGCACCGCCAGAAGAUGGCACUGCCAGCACCAGCACCAGCGCCAGCGGAACCAGCGCCAAGGUGUCCUACUACACCCAGUAUCAUGCCACACUUGCUGGGUGGCAGGACAGUGCCUUUUGGCUAGUCAAGAGAUUGAGCUGAUUGAAUCCCAUCAAGGCCCAGGUUUUGAAUACUCUUUCAAAUGCGUCCUUGCGUUCUCCCUUUCAAAUCAAAUCAAAUGUUAUUUGUCACAUGCGCAGGUGUAAACCUUACUGUGAAUGGUUACUUAACCAACAAUGCAGUUUUAAGAAAAUAAGGGUUGAGAAAAUAUUUACAAAAUAAACUAAAAGUAAAAAAGUAACAAUAAAAUAACAAUAACGAGGCUAUAUACAGGGGGUACUGGUACUGAGUCAAUAUGUGGGGGUACAGGUUAGUUGAGGUAAUAUGUACAUGUACUUGGCGCUCCGGUACUGCUUGCCGUGCGGUAGCAGAGAGAACAGUCUAUGACUUGGGUGGCUGGAGUCGUUGACAAUGUUUAGGGCCUUCCUCUGACACCGCCUGGUAUCGAGUUCCUGGAUGGCAGGAAACUUGGCCCCAGUGAUGUACUGGACUGUACGCACUGCCUUCUGUAGCGCCUUAUAGCCGGAUGCCGAGCAGUUGCCAUACCAGGCGGUGAUGUAACCAGUCAGGAUGCUCUCAAUGGUGCAGCUGUAGAACGUUUUGAGGAUCUGGGGACUCAUGCCAAAUAUUUAGGCGUUGUCGUGCCCUCUUCAUGACUGUCUUGAUGUGUUUGGACCAUGAUAGUUUGUUGGUGAUGUGGACACCAAGGAACUUGAUGCUCUCGAACCGCUCCACUACAGCCCUGUUGAUGUGAAUGGGGGCAUGCUCUGCCCUCCUUGUCCUGUAAUACACGAUCAGAUCCGUUGUCUUGCUCACGUUGAGGGAGAGGUUGUUGUCCUGGCACCACACUGCCAGGUCUCUGACUUCCUCCCAAUAGGCUGUCUCAUCGUUGUCGGUGAUCAGGCCUACCACUGUUGUGUCGUCAGCAAAUACAAAAGAAGAAGAAAAUGUACUACUUUAAAACGGAAAUAGCCUCAAUGGUGCUGCCCAUGUUGUCACAGAUGCCAUAAUGGCACAAAUACAAAGAUGAGUCCUCUAUCUAUCUCUAUGGAGCCCCCUCGCACAUCCAUUCAGACCUAGGACUGAAAUUCAAGCAGUGCGAGUACGUUUUUUCUGUGAAGCUCCUAACGAGCUUGUCAAUAGAUCUUAUAGGAAAUAAGCUUCAAUAUAUACCACCGCCACAGGAAGUUGGAGUCACCUUAAUUGGGGAGGACAGGCUCAUGGUAAUGGCUGGAGCGUUGUUAGUGGAAUGGUAUCAAAUACAUCAAACAUAUGGUUUCCAUGCUUGAUGCUAUUCCAUUCGCUCCUUUCCAGCCAUUAUUAUGAGCCGUUCUCCCCUCAGCAGCCUCCACUGAUCACCGCCUAAUGUACAUAGAGCUCCAUAGAAGUUACAUAGAUGUUUCCCCUAGGCACAGAUCUAGGAUCAGCUUCCCAAAUCCUAACUUAACCAUUAAAGGGGGAAACACAAAACUGACCCAAGUACAGCAUGUAGAGGCAACUUUUUUGGGGGGAAUUGUAUGCAUGUACUCAUAGCCACAACGAGCUGGUUCUCUUUCUGGAGACUGGUUGGAUGACGCGGCAAGAUAAAAUUAGACAGCGGGUUUCAUCAGCUGGUAUAAUUAACCAGUUAUGUAACGGCUCUGCUGACACAGUGAGUGCAUGGAGGAGGUUCUCCUCAUUAAAAACUGACACAUCUAACAACAUGUCAUCACCGGCGAUGCACAUAAAGUAUAUACAGUGGGGAGAACAAGUAUUUGAUACACUGCCGAUUUUGCAGGUUUUCCUACUUACAAAGCAUGUAGAGGUCUGUAAUUUUUAUCAUAGGUACACUUCAACUGUGAGAGACGGAAUCUAAAACAAAAAUCCAGAAAAUCACAUUGUAUGAUUUUUAAGUAAUUAAUUUGCAUUUUAUUGCAUGACAUAAGUAUUUGAUACAACAGAAAAGCAGAACUUAAUAUUUGGUACAGAAACCUUUGUUUGCAAUUACAGAGAUCAUACGUUUCCUGUAGGUCUUGACCAGGUUUGCACACACUGCAGCAGGGAUUUUGGCUCACUCCUCCAUACAGACCUUCUCCAGAUCCUUCAGGUUUCGGGGCUGUCGCUGGGCAAUACGGACUUUCAGCUCCCUUCCAAAUAUUUUCUAUUGGGUUCAGGUCUGGAGACUGGCUAGGCCACUCCAGGACCUUGAGAUGCUUCUUACGGAGCCACUCCUUAGUUGCCCUGGCUGUGUGUUUCGGGUCGUUGUCAUGCUGGAAGACCCAGCCACGACCCAUCUUCAAUGCUCUUACUGAGGGAAGGAGGUUGUUGGCCAAGAUCUCGCGAUACAUGGCCCCAUCCAUCCUCCCCUCAAUACGGUGCAGGAUACUCAUGAUCAUUGAGGUGAGAUCUUGCAUGGAGCCCCAGACCGAGGGUGAUUGACCGUCAUCUUGAACUUCUUCCAUUUUCUAAUAAUUGCGGCAACAGUUGUUGCCUUCUCACCAAGCUGCUUGCCUAUUGUCCUGUAGCCCAUCCCAGCCUUGUGCAGGUCUACAAUUUUAUCCCUGAUGUCCUUACACAGCUCUCUGGUCUUGGCCAUUGUGGAGAGGUUGGAGUCUGUUUGAUUGAGUGUGUGAACAGGUCUUUUAUACAGGUAACGAGUUCAAAAAGGUGCAGUUAAUAACGGGAAUGAGUGGAGAACAGGAGGGCUUCUUAAAGAAAAACUAACAGGUCUGUGAGAGCCGGAAUUCUUACUGGUUGGUAGGUGAUCAAAUACUUAUGUCAUGCAAUAAAAUGCAAAUUAAUUACUUAAAAAUCAUACAAUGUGAUUUUCUGGAUUUUUGUUUUAGAUUCCGUCUCUCACAGUUGAAGUGUACCUAUGAUAAAAAUUACAGACCUCCACAUGCUUUAUAAGUAGGAAAACCUGCAAAAUCAAAUACUUGUUCUCCCCACUGUAGCCAAGUAUCCUCCUGGCUUGGAUCAUUUUCAAAGAUCUUGAGGUCGGGCCAAAAGGUAGGUUUGCUGCUAAUUAUUGGUUAGGAUGUUGGGAGGGAAAUGAGAAUAAACACUAUUUAAUGUGGCCAAAAAAACAAGUCCGGAGCCACCAACGUCCCAGACUUGAAUGGAGGGAUUGAAAAAGGGGUUGAGUCAUGGUGACUGGGUUAGUUUACAGAGGGGCUGUCGUUCCCGUUCCGUCUGUUGGCUCUCCAGAGUUUCCCGUCUGAGUGAUUGUUAUUCAGAGCGUGGCAGUGACGACAGAUAGAGGUAGAAGACAGCCCGUUCCCACGUAAGACCCCAGGUGUGGUUGGCUGAGUGUGUGUGUGCGUGUGUUUGUUUGGGUGAAGAAGCCACCCAGCAUACUACAGUACUAUACACACCACAGACACCCACAUGACAUUCCCCAAACGAAGCGGUCCGCAUUCCACACCUAGCGUUAACAUUCCGGAAGCUGCGCUUUGCUCAUAUAAACCCAAUGAGUCAGAAGAAAUAUCAAAAUAUUUAGUGGAACAUUUCCCUUUGCCCAGAUCCAGACGGACCAAACCCCAGUCGACCUGGACCGAGACGAACCAAUACCCCAGUCGACCCAGAGAGAGAGCACUCCAGAACGGAGAUGGGAGAGCCAGACAAUGAGGGAUGGGGGCAUAGUCGCGAGAAGUCGGGGCGCGCAGCACCCUCUGGUAAAUAAACAAAUGUGUGCACUAGGCCUUUAUUACUCCUGUUUGAGCAGAGAAAAAUACUUGUCAGCAGAGCGGUAAAAAAUACUCCUCAGCACCCCCACAACAUCUUCGGGGUGGGGGGUGCUCCCUGGCACAGAUAGGGAGGAAAGAAACAAGCACAGAAACGUUUAGUCUCAGGCAUCUCCCACCCUCUCGCUCUCUCCCUGUCUUUUUCCGCUGUGCGGUACCUCGGCUGUCAGAGCAGGUGUUGGGCAGGUAUAAAGGCCAUCUGGAUGGAGCGCCGAGCAGUGAGAAUGAAGACUUCCACACUCUGACAGAGCUCAGACGAACCAUCUGGUACCCCCCUCGCUUAAAGAACCUUUUCCCAGCUUCUUCACACACCGGCCUCCGGCACUCACGCUCUCUCACUAAAAACCAUAGCUGUUCACUCACUCCCCUCGAUUAGCGUCUGCUGUCGGGAGGUUAGUAGAGUGUAAAGACCUGUUUCUUCCUCAGAGAGAUUUCUUAGUUUAUUUUUUCUUGUGACUUCUUGGAGUGGAGUCGGGCCGGCAUGGCGUGGAUGAGAAGUGCAUUUGGACCCGGCAUGUCAGUCUGUCUCUGGGCUUUGUGUCUGUCCUUCAGUCAAGUCACACAGGCAGCCAUCUACAGACACGCAGGUACAGUACAACCUUGAUUACAUACACUCUUAGAAAAAAGGGUUCAUGGAGGGUUCUUCAGGUGUUGCCUGUUUUUAAGAAUCUGAGCAAUUGGAAGAUGCAGUUUGAGAUAUUAAGCACAACAAAUGUGUAACAUAUUGUAUGAUUUGGAUUCGUAACAUAUCAUAAAACUUUGCAGGACAUAACAUACGAAAUGGAUGACGCUGUACACAAAAAACAGGGACCCAUUUCGGCUCGUGAGCACCACUUUCAAAACUACUGUCUGAAAUUAUACAAAAGUUCUGAAGGCUCACUUUAACACAGUAAGAUGUUUAGUAAUUUCUCCCUAGAACAAUACAUUACUUAUUUUAAGGGGCUUCUAUACGUUCCGUUCUACUAUAAAUUCCGUUCUACCUUGGUGUGAAAAAAAGAAAAAGUAUAUAAACUAUAAAUAAUCUAAUUUGGCUUGGGUCAAAUAGAAACAUUUCACACACAUUUCUUCCAUCAACUGAAGUGACUUGACAAAACAAACUACUCAACAUAACCCCAUAAAUUACCAGAAAACCUCAACAAAUCAGUCUAGAUAAAGAUUGUACCAUAAAUUAAAAUCACAUCUGUGAUAAUGCAUUUUCAUAUACAUUUAAUGAAUAUAUUUCUCAAGUUUGGGUCACCGCUUCUUUAGUAUGGAAGGCUUUACCGUUCAGAAGUUUAGUAGAACAUCUCCAUCUACUGGCCAGCUGAAGUAAUGCAGUUUAGGAUCACGCAGUUCUCGCGUGAGUGUAUUUGCAAAUCCUUGCAAUUGUGCAUGCCAUAGACAGUGUUGCCAAUUUAGGGACUUUGUCGCUAUAUUUAGCGAGUUUUCAGACCCCUCUAGCGACACAUUUUCAAAAAAUCGACUAGCGACAAAUCUAGCGACUUUUUCUGGUGUUAUUGGAGACUCUGACGUGAAAGCACGUUCAACGAGCAGCGGGUGCUUUGUUACCCCCGUCCCAAAGCACUCACAGGCGGGGCAGUCCUCGCGCAGCAGUCCCUCCCAGCUGCAGUCAGAGCAGGAGAUGUUCACCCCUCCGCGUCCAGACUGCAAAUGAAUCGCGCAUGCGGGAAGCCGCCGCUGGCUGAUCCCGCACUGUCUUACAUUCAGGGCGGGAUGUAAAUGUAGGGUGUUUUUUACUCACUUUUUUGUCUCUCCUAGGACGUUAUUCCUCUCUCCUACAGCAUCCAUCACAAUUACAUGCACAUGGCCAAUUAUGUAAAUUAGGCGAUCACGUCAUUUAACGACGUCUAGCGACUUUUAGGACAGCCAAUAGCUACUUUCCUUACUAAGGAGUUUUGCAACACCUGGCCAUAGACAGAUUACAUCUGAAAGUGCAAUGUAACAACCUGUACCAUUAUCAAUGUCAAUUGUUCUCUGUAUUAAUUGACUGCAGGUCCGUGUAUCUAUAAAGAGGUUCCGUUUCAGCCUGGACAGACCUUCUACAGGGGUUGUGACAAGUGCUACUGCCACGAAAAUGGCUACUUCUGCCUCUCGUGAGUAAACGGACCAGAUUAGUGACUGAUAUGAAAAUAUUAACCGUAUGCAACAGUGAAAUAUAGAAACCAAACAUGAAUUCAGUUUUUGCCAAUAUCACGUGUCUUUUUUUCGUUCGUAUCCCCAGACGGAUGAAACCUACCACUUGGCCCAACAACUGCCAGCGGAUUCCAACUGAGUGUGGCUACCGCGUGGUUUAUAAGGAGUUCCCGGAGGUGGCGUGUCAAGCCUACAGCUGGAUC